GGAACAACCCCCCCAUGUGUGAAAUGUAUUUAUUACUAAGCAGCUCAUGUUAGACAGAGGUGCCAGAUUUGGGUGAGAGAAGAUAAGAAGACAUGUCUGCUCAAAGUGCAAAGAAAAAAAGAAUUGGUUCACGUCGACGAGUAGCAAACCAAAAUGAAAUAUCUAAGGCUGAUGAGUUCCACGUAGGGGACAGUACCUCUGUAGCUGAAAGCCACAUACCAGAAGAACAUACUGAAUCAUUAAAUGUACUCGGUCAUUUUGAUAAUUCACAAUCUGAAAGCCAACAUCCACCCUCACCUGAACUCUCAGGGGGCAGAAGAAAACUGGGGUCUAGUAGAAGACUUAAAGGACGGCAUGUUAAGGACUCCGUGACUGAAUCGUACCACGAAGCUAGAGAGGAAGUUGAGGAUAAGACCAGGGAAAAGGAAACCACCGUUUCAAAACAAACGCCACUUGCAAUACAGCCUGAGAGGCAGGAAGCUUUGAGUCAAGGAAGUGAGCACGAUGAUAUGUCUGCUACACCUGAAUAUUCUUCUGAGAUUCAGAAGACUACUACAACAAACUAUCCAGAGGCUGACCUGGAAAGUUUAAUUCCUAAAGGUAGAAAUCUGCCAACAGACCUAGAUGAAAAUGAGAACGACUCUGAAGUGGUAUCUGACUCUUGUAAAUUAGCAGAAACCACGCAGGAAGGAAAUGACAUAUCAAUUCUUCACAGUGAAAAAGUCAAAGAAAGUGCACAUCCUGUUGGCAUCUCUGAGUUAACCAGCUUAAGUGCACUUUCAUGUCCAACAGUAGAUCAGCAACUGAUUGACCAAUCAAAUUUCAAGGAAAUGCCAGAAGAAAAACUUCCUAGUGUGUGUUCUGUAACUGAAAAAGAAGGCAAGGAAAGAGACGAUGACACAGAAUCGUUCAGGCACGAUGGAAAUUUACAGGGCAGCUAUUUGGUGAGUGAGUCACACGUAGAAUCAGUAGUUAUGCAGUUUUCUACCACACCGGAGAUAACCACAGAAAAAAUCAGCCCAAAAGAAAAUACUGAAGUUGAAUGCAGCGUUGGGCAAGCAACAAUUUUGUCACCAAAAGAGGAAUUGCCUACAGAUGAGGAACAAAAUGAGCAUUUCAAUUUAUCUGAGGUCAGAGGUGCUCAUCAUUCAGAGGAUGAUGUAAACAAACAGCAUGAACAGGAGAUUAGGCUGACAGAAAAGCACAUGCCACAUGAUGACACAGAAAAUUCAGAAAUCAUUUCUGGAAACCUGACGGACCAAACUGAAGUCAGUGACACAUACCAAUCUGAGCUGACUGAGAAAAGCACUGAUGGUUCUCCUACCAAUCAGGACAUUUCAUAUCCUGAAGACAAACGGGAUGAACAUCUGACAGAUGAAAACAACUUUGAGGCUUUAGAGCAGAAAAAUGAGGAUUAUCAUGUUUAUGAUACCACGGAACCACAGAUCAGUGACAUAGAAAGAGUAGACUCUGCACUAGGUCAGGUGUAUGAGAUUGAAGGCCGAGUAGAGGAUGAUAUAAAACCCGGUGCUGAACAAACAGCUCAUCAGGAGAAGGAGGGACUCUUCUCUGAAGUGGAGGAGAGUGAAUCCUCUUUACUAACCGUGCAAUCAGAAAUAAAUGCUACUUUGGACUCCCAACCUCAGCAGGACGACACCAGCUUCAACCCCAUUGGGAACAGGAGAAAACUGGGGUCUAGCCGUAGAAAUAGAGGAAGACGACAUGUCAAGGACUCUGCUGCUGAAUCAGACCACGAACACAAAGAAGAUGCAGAAAGUACCAGCGGUAAUGAAGCCAUCGAAACAGCACAAAUGUUAUUGGCGACAGAGAGAACGAGUCAGGAAGAAUUAAGUCAAGGAAGUGAGCAUGAUGUCAUACCUGAGACACAUGACAGCUCUUUGUAUUCAGCCACUGUAACUGAUUAUUCAUCUGAGGUUCAGAGCCCCACUACAACAAACUAUCCAGAGGCUGACCUGGAAAGUUUAAUUCCUGAAAGUGAAAAUCUUCAAAAAGAUCAUGAUGAAAGAGAGACUCACUUUAAAGUGGAGGUGUCUGAUAAAUCAGUGGGAGCCACGCUGGAAGGAUCAGACAAAUCUGACAGUCUUCAGGGUCAAGAAGUCAAAGAUCAACAUCCUUCAGAGGAUGCUGUAAAUAAAGAACAUGAACACGAGGUUAAGCCAACAGAAAAUCAAGAAAUGCCUCAGAUUGAUAAGUCAUCUGAAAGUGUGAUACGUGAUGCCACAGAAAAUUCAGAAAUCAUUUCUGGAAACCUGACGGACCAAACUGAAGUCAGUGACACAUACCAAUCUGAACUGACUGAGAAAAGCACUGAUGGUUCUCCUACCAAUCAGGACAUUUCAUAUCCUGAAGACAAACAGGAUGAACAUCCGACAGAUGAAAACAACUUUGAGGCUUUAGAGCAGAAAAAUGAGGAUUAUCAUGUUUAUGAUACCAAGGAACCACAGAUCAGCGACAUAGAAAGAGUAGACUCUGCACUAGGUCAGGUGUAUGAGAUUGAAGGCCGAGUAGAGGAUGAUAUAAAACCCAGCGCUGAACAAACAGCUCAUCAGGAGAAGGAAGGACUCUUCUCCAAAGUGGAGGAGCGUGAAUCCUCUUUACUAACCGUGCAAUCAGAAAUAAAUGCUACUUUGGACUCCCAACCUCAGCAGGACGACAUCAGCUUCAACCCCAUUGGGAACAGAAGAAAACUGGGGUCUAGCCGUAGAAAUAGAGGAAGACGACAUGUCAAGGACUCUGCUGCUGAAUCAGACCACGAACACAAGGAAGAUGUAGAGAGUACCAGGGGUAAUGAAGCCAUCGAAACAGCACAAAUGUUAUUGGCAACAGAGAGAACGAGUCAGGAACAAUUAAGUCAAGGAACUGAACAUGAUGUCAUACCUGAGACACAUGACAUCUCUUUGUAUUCAGCCACUAUGACUGAUUAUUCAUCUGAGGUUCAGAGCCCCACUACAACAAACUAUCCAGAGGCUGACCUGGAAAGUUUAAUUCCUGAAAGUGAAAAUCUUCAAGAAGAUCAUGAUGACAGAGAGACUCACUUUAAAGUGGAGGUGUCUGAUAAACCAGUGGGAGCCACGCUGGAAGGAUCAGACAAAUCUGACAGUCUUCAGGGUCAAGAAGUCAAAGGUCAACAUCAUUCAGAGGAUGCUGUAAAUAAAGAACAUGAACAGGAGGUUAAGCCAACAGAAAAUCAAGAAAUGCCUCAGAUUGAUAACUCAUCUGAAAGUGUGAUACGUGAUGAAGUGAGUGACACAUACCAAUCUGAGCUGACUGAGAAAAGUACUGAUGGUUCUCCUACCAAUCAGGACAUUUCAUAUCCUGAAGACAAACAGGAUGAACAUCCGACAGAUGAAAACAACUUUGAGGCUUUAGAGCAGAAAAAUGAGGAUUAUCAUGUUUAUGAUACCAAGGAACCACAGAUCAGCGACAUAGAAAGAGUAGACACUGCACCAGGUCAGGUGUAUGAGAUUGAAGGCCGAGUAGAGGAUGAUAUAAAACCCGGUGCUGAACAAACAGCUCAUCAGGAGAAGGAAGGACUCUUCUCUGAGGUGGAGGAGAGUGAAUCUUCUUUACAAACCAUGCAAUCAGAAAUAAAUGCUACUUUGGACUCCCGACCUCAGCAGGACGACACCAGCUUCAACCCCAUUGGGAACAGGAGAAAACUGGGGUCUAGCCGUAGAAAUAGAGGAAGACAACAUGUCAAGGACUCUGCUGCUGAAUCAGACCACGAACACAAGGAAGAUGUAGAGAGUACCAGGGGUAAUGAAGCCAUCGAAACAGCACAAAUAUUGGCGACAGAGAGAACGAGUCAGGAAGAAUUAAGUCAAGGAAGUGAGCAUGAUGUCAUACCUGAGACACAUGACAGCUCUUUGUAUUCAGCCACUGUAACUGAUUAUUCAUCUGAGGUUCAGAGCCCCACUACAACAAACUAUCCAGAGGCUGACCUGGAAAGUUUAAUUCCUGAAAGUGAAAAUCUUCAAGAAGAUCAUGAUGAAAGAGAGACUCACUUUAAAGUGGAGGUGUCUGAUAAAUCAGUGGGAGCCACGCUGGAAGGAGCGGACAAAUCUGACAGUCUUCAGGGUCAAGAAGUCAAAGGUGAACAUCAUUCAGAGGAUGCUGUAAAUAAAGAACAUGAACACAAGGUUAAGCCAACAGAAAAUCAAGAAAUGCCUCAGAUUCAUAACUCAUCUGAAAAUGUGAUGCAUGAUGCCACAGAAAAUUCAGAAAUCAUUUCUGGAAACCUGACGGACCAAACUGAAGUCAGUGACACAUACCAAUCUGAGCUGGCUGAGAAAAGUACUGAUGGUUCUCCUACCAAUCAGGACAUUUCAUAUCCUGAUGACAAACAGGAUGAACAUCCUACAAAAGAAGUAUUGUAUGAGAUUGAAGGCCGAGUAGAGGAUGAUAUAAAACCCAGUGCUGAACAAACAGCUCAUCCGGAGAAGGAAGGACUCUUCUCUGAAGUGGAGGAGAGUGGAUCCUCUUUACUAACCGUGCAAUCAGAAAUAAAUGCUCCUUUGGACUCCCAACCUCAGCAGGACGACACCAGCUUCAACCCCAUUGGGAACAGGAGAAAACUGGGGUCUAGCCGUAGACAUAGAGGAAGACGACAUGUCAAGGACUCUGCUGCUGAAUCAGACCACGAACCUACAGAGGAUGUUGUUGGAAAUACCAGAGAUAAUGAACCCCUUGAAAUAACAGAAAUGUCAUUAACAAUAGAGACAGCAGUGCAGGAAAAAUCAAUGGAAACCAUGUUGGAAGGAAUGGACACAUUUGACACUCCUCAGACUGAAGAUGUUAGUGAUCAAGUUAAAGAAAAUGCAUAUGUUGGUACAGUUGUUGGCAUUGACUUACAUUCAAGUACAACAGUUGAUCAACAGAUGAUCGACCAAUCAAAUUUCAGGGAUAUACCAGAUGAAGAACUUCUCAAUGUGAGUUCUGUAACAGAAAAAGAAAACAAGGAAAGAGACGAGGACACAGAACUGUUCAGGCAGGUUGGACAUUUACAGACCAACUAUUUGGUGAGUGAGGAUAUAGAGUCUUCUAUCACACCAGAGAUAACCACAGAACAACACAGCAGCAGAGAGCAUACACAGCCUGAAUACAGUGUUGAACAGGCAAUAUUUUCAUCACCAGAAGAGGAGUUGCCAACAAAUGAGGAACAAAAUGAGAUUUUCAACCUACCUGAACAGGAGGUUAAGCCAACAGAAAAUCAAGAAAUGCCUCAGAUUGAUAACUCAUCUGAAAGUGUGAUGCAUGAUGCCACAGAAAAUUCUGAAUUAAUUUCUGGAAACCUGACGGACCAAACUGAAGUCAGUGACACAUGCCAAUCUGAGCUGACUGAGAAAAAUACUGAUGGUUCUCCUACCAAUCAGGACAUUUCAUGUCCUGAAGACAAACAGGAUGAACAUCCUACAAAAGAAGUAGUGUAUGAGAUUGAAGGCCGAGUAGAGGAUGAUAUAAAACCCAGUGCUGAACAAACAGCUCAUCAGGAGAAGGAGGGACUCUUCUCUGAAGUGGAGGAGAGUGAAUCCUCUUUACUAACCGUGCAAUCAGAAAUAAAUGCUUCUUUGGACUCCCAACCUCAGCAGGAUGACACCAGCUUCAACCCCAUUGGGAACAGGAGAAAACUGGGGUCUAGCCGUAGAAAUAGAGGAAGACAACAUGUCAAGGACUCUGCUGCUGAAUCAGACCACGAACACAAAGAAGAUGUAGAAAGUACCAGGGGUAAUGAAGCCAUCGAAACAGCACAAAUAUUAUUGGCGACAGAGAGAAUGAGUCAGGAAGAAUUAAGUCAAGGAAGUGAGCAUGAUGUCAUACCUGAGACACAUGACAGCUCUUUGUAUUCAGCCACUAUGACUGAUUAUUCAUCUGAGGUUCAGAGCCCCACUACAACAAACUAUCCAGAGGCUGACCUGGAAAGUUUAAUUCCUAAAAGUGAAAAUCUUCAAGAAGAUCAUGAUGACAGAGAGACUCACUUUAAAGUGGAGGUGUCUGAUAAAUCAGUGGGAGCCACGCUGGAAGGAUCGGACAAAUCUGACAGUCUUCAGAGUCAAGAAGUCAAAGGUCAACAUCAUUCAGAGGAUGCUGUAAAUAAAGAGCAUGAACAGGAGGUUAAGCCAACAGAAAAUCAAGAAAUGCCUCAGAUUGAUAAAUCCCAACCUCAGCAGGACGACACCAGCUUCAACCCCAUUGGGAACAGGAGAAAACUGGGGUCUAGCCGUAGACAUAGAGGAAGACGACAUGUCAUGGACUCUGCUGCUGAAUCAGACCACGAACCUACAGAGGACGUUGUUGGAAAUACCAGAGAUAAUGAACCCCUUGAAAUAACAGAAAUGUCAUUAACAAUGGAGACAGCAGUGCAGGAAAAAUCAAUGGAAACCAUGUUGGAAGGAAUGGACACAUUUGACACUCCUCAGACUGAAGAUGUUAGUGAUCAAGUUAAACAUGUUGGCACACAGGAAAGGGACGAGGACACAGAAUCAGUCAGACGGGAUGAAAAUUUGCAGACUAACUAUUUGGUGAGUGAGACACAAGCAAAAUCAGAAGAUAUAGAAUCCUCUAUCUCACCGGAGGUAAGCUCAGAAAAUAGCAGCCCUGGAGAACAUACUGAAAUUGAAUGCAGUGUUGAGCAAGCAGCAUUUUCAUCAUCAAAAGAGGAGUUGUCCACAAAUGAGGAACGAACAGAGCAUGUAAGCUUAGGAGCUCGGCCUUCAGAGGAUGCUGUAAAUAAAGUGCAUGAAGAGGCGAUCAAGCCAAUACAAAUGCAAGAAAUGCCUCAAAUUGAUAACUCCUCAAUUAAAGACAGUGAAUUAACUUUACAAACGAUGCAAUCAGAACAUUUUGACCCCCAACAUCUGGACAAUUCUCAGAGUAUCAAAGAGCAAACUCACACAGGUUUCAGCCCCAAAGGGCACAGAAGGAAAUUGGGGUCAAGCCGAAGACAAAAAGGACGACUGCAUGUCGAGGACACAACAAAAAUGUCAUUACCGAUGGAGACAAUGAGGCAGGAAGAAUUAAAAGAACAAACCGACCUAGACUUUAAAUUCGCUGGGGAAAUUAGAUCAACUGUAAAUAACGAAGGAAACACAGAAAAGAUGUUGGAGGAAGAUACAAUUGUGGCAACAGACAUGACUUCAAGCUCAGGCAAGGAUGACUUUGUCAAAUCUAAUGAGGAAGUCAAUGAGGAAGAAUGUAAACUUAUAAAAGAGACUGAGAAUUUAAGUCAGCUUAGAUGUGACACAGUUAAAAUGGACUUGAUCCAAUCACUAGACGUCUCAGCCACCGCUGUUAAUAUGCAACAAACAAAUGAUACACCGGAAAAUGUGGGAGAUGUCACGAAACAAGACUAUGAAACAGAAGCAGAGAGUUCAAUGCAUGUACAAGUUUAUGGAUUGGAUGAAGAUGGAGAACAAUUUGAAGAUACUACAAAGAAAGACCACGAAGCCCAUGAAAUGAAUGUUUCACCGGAGAUCACACAUGCUGAACGGUUUUCUGCUCCACACGACAAAACUGACACUUUGGCUCCAUUUGACGUCGGUCUGGAGGAAAACAUCCAAGCAGAGCCGGCUGUAGCUGUGUCUGAGGAAAGUGGAAUUUCUAGCCAACAAGGGAUACAAGAACAAGCUAAUUUGGACGACGGUGAAAAUUUGCAAGGAGGAUCCAAACAGAAGAGGAGAAAGUUGGGCUCUACCCGCCGAACUCAACUCAACAGGAAACCAGAGGAAAAGACAGUAGAAACAAAAGACUUAAACGCAGACGCUGACAUGAGAAGUCUUGACAAGAUGGAAGUAGUGGAGGAGUUAACAAUGACUGUAACUGCAGAGGGAUCACAGAAUGAAAAUGCAAAACCAUCACAGAGUCCUGAAGAUAAAGAACAACAGGAAACCAUUUCAAAGGCUUUCUUUCCUGAGCAAUCUGCCUCCCACAAUGAAGAGGUUGUUAAUCCUGUUAAGUUUGUUCACAUAGCUGAUGUAAGGGACAAUGAGAGAAAUGUGGAGCCAUCACAGAUAGAUGAUUUUACAGCCACUGAGAUGCAUAUCUCAGACUUACUGUCUGCAAAUACUGAAGACUCUACAGGCACCGGUAUCACAGACAGGGGCUUUGUGUCUUCAUGGGGGACAACACAGAGUACGCGGGGUGAUGAGGAAAGGCCAGAGAGUGUAAACAUAACACAGGACCAAUCUUUGAAAUCAGCGGAAGUGCCUGUUGUUGCAGAUUUCGAAAUAGUGAAAGCUGCAGUGAGAGGAGGAGCUGCAGAAGAGCAUACGAAUGCACAGGCUAGUAAACAAGAGCCGGACGAUGCUGAUGAAGGAGCUCACAAUAAACAUCUCGAGAUGAAGAACGCGAGUCCAAAUUUAGAUUCGACCAACAGGAAAAGAAAGAUGGGCUCCUCCCGCAGGAAUCUCGUAUCACGAACCAAACGGGAAGACUUAAAUCAAAAGCAGGAGGUGGAUGAUGAGGCAACGGAGACUGAAACUAAUGUUGGAGAUGUAAAGACAGUAAGUUUCUCAGGCAACGUGGAAGAUGAGCCACAACUUCACACAGAACACAAAGACUCUGAGCAAAGGGAAGAAUCUGAAACAGUGGCGUACAGCCACACUGAUGAGGAAAAUCCUGUUUCUCAUGGUCAACUAGUAGAAACAGAGCAUCAACUAACUCCCAGUUAUCUCCCCUCAACACCAUCCACUUCUCCCAAACACGAUUCAAUGUCAGAAUCAUCACCUGGUGGGAGAAGAAGAAAAAUGGGAUCUCACCGGAAGUCACAUGGACACCAAAACAAUGAAAACCAAACUGCAGGAGGGGACAGAAAAACAGAUAAUGAGAGAGACGUCAGAAGUAUCACAGAUGAAAGUGCCAUCAAGACGACUGAAGAGCCGAAUGAAAGACCUCUGGGCCUGGACAAAAUAUCAGAGGUUGAUCAAAGUGACAAGAAACCAUCAUCCAACAUCAGCACCGCAAAGAGUGAGAAGACUCCUGAACCAGGGACUCCAGUUCAACGCCCUUAUGCUGAAAUCGUCCUCGGUCAAGAGAGUCAACACAAGUUUUCUCUGGCAGGUGACUCCAGAGGAGCAGAUCUCAGAGCAAACGCUUUCAAUGUGAUGAUGGUCGGAGACAGCAGUGUGGGCAAAUCCUCCUUCAUGAAAAGAGCUCAAAGUGGGAAGUUUUCUUUAGAAAUACCCGCCUCUAUUGGACUUGAUUCCUGCAUGUGGACUGUGUUGGUGGAUGGAAAACCUGUGGUGCUACAGCUGUGGGAUACAGCGGGUCAAGAAAGGUUUCACAGCAUCACAAGACAGAUUUUCCACAAAGCCCACGCAUUCCUCUUGAUGUAUGACAUCACUUCCUCUCAGAGUUUUUCUGCAGUGAGCUACUGGGCGAACUGUAUUCAGGAAGGGGCAUCAGAGAACGUGACCAUUUUACUUGCUGGCAAUAAGUGUGAUCAUGCAGAGCGGCAGGUUAACACUGAGAAGGCGGAAGCUCUCGCUAAGGAAUACAACUUUGAAUUCAUGGAGUGUAGCGCGGCCACGGGAGAAAACGUGGUUCACUGUUUGGAAACUGUGGCCAGGAUGUUGAGUCAGAAGAUUGACACAAGAGAGGAGGACUUGGUGUUACACAAAGAGCCCCAACAGAGAAAAUCCGGAUGUUGCUGAACAAGAUGUUUGAAAACUCAGUGAAGUGGAGAAGUCCUUCACAUAGUGAACAUACCGUACUGGCUGGACUGGCUUUUCAGAGAGCUUUCAUGUACAUCACAAUUAAAACUGGUACUCAAACCAUCUUUAGUUACUUAAUCAAUUAUAUUGCAAAUUGUAAUAACUUAUGCAAAUGUAUACAAGUUCCUUUUCACAAUGACCUCUAGCUGUUUUGUUAUUUCUACCAAGCCUUAAAAGUGCAUUAUUGAUUUAGAGCAGUGUUUCUCAAAUGGGGUACUAGUGACAUUAGUUAAGAUUCAUUAACUAAUCUCACUGAGAAACUAAACUGUUAGUAUUUUCUGUUCAGAAAAGUUUCUCAGGUUUCUUAUAGUUGAAAAAAUAAGUUUCCACACAGAGAAUCCUCUAUAUUGUACAGCUAUUGAGUAUUUGUUUUAUCAUGUCUAUUCUUAAUGCUACUUUCAUGACACAAAUAUAUAUUAAAUGUGUAUGUAGUAUGUAUGGAGCUUUACAUUUUGCUGUUGCUGAAGGCAAAUUAUCACUUGGAAGUUACAAAACAUGGACCCACAAUGAUAUUAUCAAGGAUCUACCAGAAUGAGGAGUAUUUUAUAUAAUUAACAUUGCUCUUUGUAGAAUAUUUCAGUGUUUACAAGUAACUUGUGCAAUAAGAGCAUAUUUGUUGUAGCUGUUAUUCAAUAAUCACAGUAAGUUUAUUAUGAUUUGGCAUGUUUACCAUCUGUUCUAAAUGAAUGGCAUCAGUGCAGUUGUCACACAGCUGCCAGAUUGGCCAGAUAAUCAUAAAUACAUUUCAACUCCUCUAUAAUUAAAGACAGUGGUGGUAUAACAAUGAACAGGCUUUAAAUAUACAUGUAAAAUUGUUUUUAUUAUGUUUGUGUAUUUCCCUGUAACUUGUGUGCCUGAAUACCUUUAAUCAAAUUGUUCUAAUGUCAUGCAUCAUGCUUAAUAAAUCUCUAGAGUGACAA